UGUACGUCGCACCUUCUUGAGCUUGACGCUAAGAACAGAGGGGCAGGCAGCAUCGAAAUCAAUAACACAAGCUCAGCUGAAAAUUUUUGGUAGCUGUAUCCAACAUGGAGGCAGGAGCAUUCGGUGCCGGAAAAGCAGGAACAGCUUUCAACCCGGUGGAAUUUGUGCAACGUCCUCAAGUCAUCCUUAGGUUGCUGAAUAUUCUCUUUUCGAUCAUAGUUUUUGGUUCCAUAUCAUCCAAAGGCUGGACUUUGGAAAAUCACAAGGAGGUUUGUCUCUACUAUUCAGAUGCCAAUGCUUGCAACUAUGGAGUCGGGAUUGGUGUCAUUGCCUUCCUGGCUGCAGCCGUGCUGCUUGCUGGCGAGUAUUUCUUCCCCCAGAUGUCUUCGGUGAAAACUAGACGUCACUAUGUUAUGGGGGACCUUGGUUUCUCUGGAUUCUGGUCUUUUCUUUAUGGUGUCGGUUUCAUCUAUCUUGCAAGUCAGUGGACCAAAUCUGAAAGCAAACCUGCAGCGCUAGCUGCUGGCAAUAACCUGAGAGCUGCCAUUGCUUUUUCAUUCUUCUCCAUUUUCACCUGGGCUGGCAGUUCUUUUUUUGCCUAUCAACGCUACCGCCAAGGCGCUGAAUCGGCCUUUGCUACUGCCUACGAAACAGGAAUGGGAGGAGCUGGUGGAGCCACGACGCCUGGAUCAGCUGGUGGCUAUACCUCGUUCCCUGGCAUGGGAACUACCGCAGAUCCUGUUGGUGGAAACAUGGCUGGUGGUGGAGGAGGCUAUCAAGGCCCACCAUUUUCAUCGGCUGCUCGACCAGGUAUUACCGAUGAAGACCAUUUUUAUGUGAUUAAUGAAAGACCUGUCGACGAUAUUUCACUAGAUUUUUUUUAUAAGCCUCAUACCAUUACUUUGUUAACAACGGUUUCAUCAUUGCUCUUAUACUCGGCUUUCACAAGGAACGAUGACGAUUUUCGAGAUAACGUGUGGGCUGGAGUUAGAUGUGUCAUUUUCAUUUUCUUGGUCAUAUCUGUCCUUGCCUUUCCAAAUGGACCUUUUACAAGACCUCAUCCGGCUGUCUGGAGGAUGGUGUUUGGACUAUCAGUUUUAUAUUUAAUUGCACUACAGUUCUUCCUAUUCCAAAACUAUCAGACUGUUAGAAGUAUUCUGGUGUGGACAGAUCCAUCUCUCGAAAAUUUCCACAUUGAUAUGGACAAGGAAUAUGGUGUUAAUUGUUCUGAUGUCAGCCUAGAAAGGAUUUGGUCCCAUGUAGAUGUAUUUGCUGCUUCACAUUUUUUUGGAUGGAUAAUGAAAGCUUUACUUGUUCGGCAUUAUGGAAUUCUGUGGACGAUCAGCGUAAUGUGGGAAAUCACUGAGAUUGCUUUUGCUCAUCUACUUCCUAAUUUUGUUGAAUGCUGGUGGGAUGCCAUUAUCCUUGAUAUUUUGCUAUGCAACGGCCUUGGCAUUUGGGUUGGAAUGAAACUCUGUCAUUACCUUGAAAUGCGUGAAUAUAAAUGGGAGUCCAUUAAAGACAUCCCAACCACAUCGGACAAGAUCAAACGAGCUGUUUUACAGUUCACCCCGGAAAGCUGGACACAUGUUCGCUGGCUCGAUCCCCAUUCUUCCUACAUGCGCUUCCUUGCUGUUUGCCAACUAGUCUUAUUUUGGCAAAUCACGGAAUUGAACACAUUUUUUCUCAAGCAUAUUUUUGAGCUUCCUCCGAAUCAUAUGCUCAAUUUGUGGCGCCUUGUCGUUAUUGGGCUCAUAGUCGCCCCGUCUGUCAGGCAGUACUAUACUUAUGUGACGGACCCCCGAUGCACUCGCGUUGGCACUCAGUGUUGGGUAUUUGGAGCCAUUUUAUUCACAGAAUUGAUCAUUUGUAUCAAAUUUGGCAAAGAAAUUUUUGAACAUACCCAAAUCUUGACGAUUGCUCUCUGGUUGGGCAUUCAAUCUAUCCUUUCUAUGAUCUGUCUAUAUGGUUGUGUACUGUAUCAUCGCCACGAAGAAAAAAAGGCCAAGGAAGGAAGGCUACCCAAACCUAAUGCCAAAAUCGUCAUAAUCAAUAACGGAGCGAUUAAGAAAAAUGGUGCUAACCAACAGCAACUUCCAAGUCCAAUCAAACGAAAAACUAAAGCUUUCAAAGCUGAUUAAAGCCUUGAAGAUGCUACCACUCUCAUCUCUGUGAAUCUUUGUCUCUCUAGGAGAGAUUAUUUAGAUCAAUUAAUCGGUUGCCGUAGACGAAGCACGUUUUCUCGAUUUUCGUGAGAAAGUGCAUUAGUAUGCUUUUUUCUUCUUUUUCACUCAACUUUAUCAGCCAUCUCCCCCUAGUCUCAACUAAGCUCAAGUCUAAAUCAAAUUGACUCAUGUCCCGUUGUCUCAGCAAUUAAAAUGGGACUACUCAGAAUAUAUUGUAAGUAAUGAAAA